CAACUCUUAAAAACUGGUGGUCUCUCGGUUUAGAAAAGACAAUAACCUUACAUGAAAACGUGAAUUCAUUCAGUUUACAAUCAAACUCUCUCGUGUUUGUAUGUUAUAGGAUAUUUGAUCAAAGCUACACAAGGGGCAUCCAUCACCAACUCUUGGGCUACUCCUAUCUGAUCAAAUAGUGGAAUUUAAUCAUCACAUUUAGAGCGCACCAACAGCUCCAUAAUGCGGAUAGCGUUUUUGUGUUAAUGGGAUUGUGAAUUCUCAGUCAUGACAUGUUAACAGCUUGGCCACGCCCAGCCCAACUUCCUCUGAAUAACUUUUCUUUCGUUGACCAGAUCUUCUCGAUCUUUCAAGGCUAAUUCGGAUGUUAGUCUCCUACAGAGAUGACCCACUGGCAUUCUCCACAUUUUCAUGCAUUCUACCCAGCAGCCAACUCUUUCCCUGCUCUUUGUGCUGAUAUGUUAAGCGGAGGCCUGGGAUGUAUUGGAUUCACGUGGGCUUCUAGCCCAGCUUGUACUGAGCUGGAGAUGGUGAUGUUAGACUGGUUGGGAAAGAUGUUACACUUGCCUGAGGAGUUUCUCUUUUGUUCGAAAGGGCCGGGAGGAGGUGUGAUUCAGGGGACAGCUAGCGAGGCAACAUUAGUCGCUUUGGUCUCUGCUCGAAACAAAGUCAUGUCAACUUCCAAAACAAAUGUCAAGGAUGAUGUACCCAUGGAGAAGUUAAUUUGCUAUGCCUCAGACCAGGCACACUCUUCAGUGGAGAAGGCUGCCAUGCUAGGAGGAUUAAAGUUCCGUUCACUACCAGUCGAUGACGCUUUGAGUCUUCGGGGAGACAUUCUUCGAGCGGCAAUUUUGGAGGAUCGAGCCAAAGGAAAAAUUCCUUUUUUGGUCGUGGGAACUUUAGGAACAACUAACUCGUGCGCUUUUGAUAACAUCAAAGAACUGGGAAAAGUGUGUUCAGAAGAACAUUUAUGGUUCCAUAUCGACGCUGCUUAUGCUGGUUCUGCUUUUAUCUGUUCUGAAUUCAGACAUCUUCUGGAUGGUGUAGAGAAUGCAGAUUCCUUCAGCAUGAAUCCCCAUAAAUGGCUGCUUGUGAACUUUGACUGUUCUACCAUGUGGAUAAAGAACAGACACGACAUCGUUGAAGCUUUCAGCGUCAACCCCCUUUAUUUAAAACACGAUAAGGAGGGACAAAUUCCGGAUUACAGACACUGGCAGAUUCCCCUUGGAAGAAGGUUCCGGUCUUUGAAGUUAUGGUUUGUAUUUCGAAUGUUUGGAGUGAAAAGAUUACAGGCCUAUAUACGAAAGCACGUUGACUUAGCUCAUGAAUUCGAAGAACUAGUCAAAAAGGACCAUCGAUUUGAGGUCGUGUUUCCUGUGACUUUGGGUCUGGUUUGUUUCAGGGUAAAGGGCCCAGACGCUCUCAACGGAGAAGUGUUACGUCUUAUCAACGAACGAGGAAGGAUAACUCUCACACCAACAAUCUUUAAGGAGAUGUAUGUUAUUCGAUUUGCAGUCUGUUCAAAAGAUACUAAAAGUGAAGAUAUACGUUAUGCCUGGCGGGAAAUCUGUUAUGUUACCAGCCAAGUUCUAGCAACAAGAAACUUGUGAAUAACGAAAAUGAUUAUACCGAUUUAGAGUAAACGUUGUCGUUGUUAUUAAGUCAUUUCUGAUUAUUAAUAAAUUUUUCGCAUGAAAAAAGUC